UUAAUGCAACAAUAGCAAUGAAAUUUGCAAGUCAGAUGCCUCGUCGUAUUAUAUGAUAGCAAAUUUCAUACAAAUUUUCAACAGUUUUAGGCUGGUGGCAGUGCUCAGUCGUAUACGACUUUUUUCAAAAUUUUGUAUGGGAUUUGACAGAUAAAGUCGGAUGACUGUUUUGGUCGUACGACCAAAUCAAAAAUUUUUGAUUCCAUCGGAUGGUCGUGUAUGACAAGUUAAACUGGCUUGUAUAAACGUGAAAUUGGUGUUACUUUCUCGAUGUUCAUGUAAACAAAUUGUUUCAAUGUUGUUUUAACUGCCAAUUCAAAACAAAAUCUGGGUUGUUACUUGGGUAAAUAAAAAUAUAGAUGAAAUAUUUCCACUGUGAAACAUUUCAUCACGCAAUAAUCUGACAUUAAUGACAAGGUGACAGCUGAUGUUGUAUCGGUCUGGAAAAUUGAACAUAAACAGCAAUUUUGUUUACAACACCGCCAAUCUGCAGAAUUUUAUAGUUUUGUGUAAAGUUGAGUUUACACGAUGUCCGGGCUAGAAUCGUACGUGAACAAUACGGUAUCGAUAAUUACCGCGGAUGGACGCAACUUUGUCGGCACGCUGAAGGGUUUCGACCAGACCGUAAAUGUAAUCUUGGACGAAUCACACGAACGCGUUUAUUCGAUGACUACCGGUAUCGAGCAAGUCGUACUAGGAUUGCAUAUUAUCCGAGGCGAUAAUAUUGCCAUUAUUGGUCAGCUGGACGAGAGCGUCGACAGUAAGCUAGACUUUACCGCCAUACGCGGGAUGCCAUUAGAACCGGUUGUGCACUAAACACUUGGUUAGGCAGACCUGCAUCCUACGCGUGGUAGCGCAGCGUGUUCCAACUAAACUGAUCGUUUGUUAGAUUUUGUAUAAUGCUAAGAGUGCAUAAUAUAAUGUUAAGAAAAUUAUGUGUAAUUGCAUUUUUGCAGCGCAAGCAAAAUUGCAUGAAAUUUUCACCAAGAUUUAGUGAAAUUUUGGUUCUCUCAUUGUGUGAAAUAAACUAAUAAUAAGUGGAAUACAACAAUAUGAA